UUCCCCUUACAUUGCAGCACUGGGAAAACCUGAGCUGGACCCCUCCGCCGUCCGGCUAGUGGCUACUACUGUUACCUUUAGGGCAGUGUGCCUCUGAGGCAGUAUUUGUUACCCUAAUACUAGGGGACCAGCAGUUCAGCCCUUCACUGUGCUGGCUGGCUUUGUUUAUAUCUGUUCCUCGCCGCUGCUCAUGUAAUGCACUCCCUUAACCAGGAAAUUAAAGCGUUCUCCCGGAAUAAUCUCAGGAAGCAAUGCACCAGGGUGACAACGCUAACUGGAAAGAAAAUUAUAGAAACUUGGAAAGAUUCCAGAAUUCAUGUUGUGGAAGAAGUAGAGCCCAGCAGUGGGGGAGGUUGUGGUUUUGUGCAGGAUCUUAGCUUGGACCUGCAAGUUGGCGUUAUUAAGCCAUGGUUGCUCCUAGGGUCGCAAGAUGCUGCUCAUGAUCUGGAUACACUGAAAAAGCACAAGGUGACUCAUAUUCUCAAUGUUGCAUAUGGAGUUGAAAAUGCUUUCCUCAAUGACUUUAUAUAUAAGAGUAUUUCUAUACUGGAUCUGCCUGAAACCAAUAUCCUAUCUUAUUUUCCAGAAUGUUUUGAAUUUAUUGAACAAGCAAAAAUGAAGGGUGGAGUGGUUCUUGUUCAUUGUAAUGCAGGAGUUUCCAGGGCUGCUGCAAUUAUAAUAGGCUUCCUAAUGAAUUCUGAAGAAAUCUCAUUUACCAGUGCUUUUUCUUUGGUGAAAAAUGCAAGGCCUUCCAUAUGUCCAAAUGCUGGUUUUGUGGAGCAGCUUUGUACAUAUCAAGGAGGCAAAGAAAGCAGUAAGUGUGACAAAAUAUAGAAAUUAGAAGAAACAACCGCUCCUGAGUUGUGUUCUAGCAGAUGAUGGACAACUGUCAUUUCUGAGUUAGUCUCUGUAGUUACCUUUCCCCCUUUUUGGAGAGUAAACUAACAUAAACCUCUUUUUCUCUUGCUUUUUUCAAGUGAAAAUAGAGGUCAUUUGAUUGUCCUGAGCUAGAGUAUAAAUAAAAUUUUCAAUUAUACCAUGUUUUAAUUAGUAUUGUAUCAUGUGAUUAAAUGCUUCUUUGAUUUACUAAGGGAAAAAAACAAUGUUAUUACCAACAAUUGAUUUCUGUGGAAAUAAAAGUUUUAAAUUUAAAAUCUAUAUUAAAGCAUGGAAAGAUUAAACUAGUUGAUUAAAACUUUUGGUAUUUUUCUAUUCUACCAACUGUUUCCAUGAAGAAAAAAUCUGGAAGUGCUACUUGACUUACUAUUUCAGAGGGAGGUAAAUUACUGUAUAAAGGAUUUAAGAUUAAAAAACAAUACCUUAGUAUGAGAUCUCUAGUUCCAACUAUAAUAGAUAAAAUAAAAAUCAUUAAAUAAAAAAUAAAGCAAUACCUUAAACUUCCCAAAAGAGGUAACCCAAAUCUGAAGUUUUACACAAUACUUAUGUACUGGUUACAAUACUCAUAAAAUGUUUAUGUACCUAUAUGAAAAUGUACCAACUUUUCAUUUUGAUUUUUUAAUUUUAUUCCCUAUGUUUAUUUUGAAAGAUUUUAUAUAGCUGUUCUCUUUUACAUUAUUGUGAGCUGAUGGUUCUGUAAUUAGGUGAUCUAGUCUUACAUGGUAUGCUUUUUAUCCUGGGUUCCUAGCAUUCUGUUUUUGUGUCCCGUGUCAUAAUUUUCUGAUCUGCUUGGAUCUGUGGGAAAGUGUUUUAUACUGAAAAAUCAUUUUUAAAAUGUGGUUUGAUUAAUGGUCUCUUUUCUAGCUUGGUAUUCUACCAGGGAGCAUAUUUUUAAGAAAGACAAAUUAUGAUU